CAGCCCUUGGUCAGGGCUCCUUGGCCGGAGCGGCCCCAGCGGCGGCCCCAGGACAGCAGACGCCAUGGGGACGAGUUUCUGGAUCCAAAGCAGGGACAGCCCCAUUCUUCUCUGACAUCGGAGGGAAGUGAUCCAUCUCCUUCAGAAGCCCACUGUAAAAGCACAGCCCUGGGACAGCCAGGAUUGCCCGGGACGGAUGUCAUAGCAACCGCUGCCAGAGCCUGGGGAGGAAACAUGAAGCACUAGCCCCUACCAAGGAAAGGAUUUAAAGAUGGCGGCUCAGCGGAUCCGUGCAGCCAACUCCAAUGGGCUCCCACGCUGCAAGUCCGAGGGGACACUGAUCGACCUAAGUGAGGGCUUCUCAGAGACAAGCUUUAAUGAUGUCAAAGUGCCUUCCCCCAGUGCCUUGCUUGUCGACAAUCCCACGCCUUUUGGAAACGCGAAAGAAGUGAUAGCGAUUAAGGACUACUGCCCCACCAACUUCACCACUCUGAAGUUCUCCAAAGGGGACCACUUGUAUGUCUUGGAUACUUCCGGCGGAGAGUGGUGGUAUGCGCACAACACCACGGAGAUGGGCUACAUUCCUUCCUCCUACGUGCAGCCCGUCAACUACCGCAACUCCACGCUAAGUGACAGCGGCAUGAUCGACAACCUUCUGGACAGCCCCGAUGAAAUGGCCAAGGAGCUGGAACUGCUGGGAGGAGGGUGGACAGAGGAGAAGAAAGUUUCGAGUAAAGCCCACAACAAUAACCCUUUCUGGAACGGGGUGCAAACGAACCCAUUUCUGAAUGGAAACGUGCCCGUCAUGCCCAGCCUGGAGGAGGUGGCUCCCAAAACAACAGUGGAUUUGCUGCUCUUUGACGCGGAGGUGCCGCCAUCUUUUACCACAACUGGUUCUGCGACGACCAACAGUGUUGGCAAUAUUUUUGAUGAACUGCCAUCCGCCAACAAAUUCUCCAACGCCGAGCAGCCCAUCAAACGGGAUAACCCCUUUUUCAGAAGCAAACGUUCGUACAGUUUGUCGGAGCUGUCCGUCCUCCAAGCCAAGUCCGAAGCCCCUUCGUCGUCCAACUUUUUCACCGGGUUAAAAUCUCCAACCCCGGAGCAAUUCCAGAGCCGAGAGGACUUUCGAACUGCCUGGCUGAACCACAGGAAGCUGGCCCGCUCCUGUCACGAUUUAGAUCUGCUUGGCCAGAAUCCUGGCUGGGGUCAGACUCAGCCUGUGGAGACAAACAUCGUGUGCAAGCUGGAUACGUCGGGCGGAGCCGUCCAGCUCCCGGACACCAAUAUCACCAUCCAUGUCCCUGAGGGCCACGUGGCUCCCGGGGAAAUGCAGCAGAUUUCCAUGAAAGCCCUGUUGGACCCACCCCUGGAGCUCAACAGUGACCAGUCUAGCACCAUCAGCCCGGUCUUGGAGGUGAAACUGAGCAACAUGGAGGUGAAGUCAUUCAUCAUCUUGGAGAUGAAAGUUUCGGCCGAGGUAAGACAGGACGUGGUCAGCAAAAGCACCGUGGCCCUGCAAUGUUUGCGCAGCGACAUGAAGGAAGGGCCGUAUGUCCCGGUGCCACUGAUGUACAGCUAUGGAGACUCGAUCCAGGUUCACCUGGAGAACCUGGAACCGUGCAUGUACAUAGCUAUCGUGGCCCACGGACAGAACAUUCUCUACCCUUCUACCGUCUGGGACUUCAUCAAUAAGAAAAUCACAGUGGGGGUGUACGGCCCCAAACACAUCCAUCCUUCUUUCAAGACAGUGGUCACAAUCUUCGGGCACGAGUGUGCGCCCAAGACCCUGCUGGUCAGCGAGGUCACGCGGCAGGUCCACGGUACGUCUCCGGUGGCCCUACAGCUGUGGGGGAAGCACCAGUUUGUUUUGUCCAGGCCCCAGGACCUCAAGCUGUGCAUGUUCUCCAAUAUGACCAAUUACGAAGUCAGAGCCAGCGAGCAAGCCAAAGUCGUCAGGGGGUUCCAGAUGAAACUGGGCAAGGUAAGCCGCCUGAUCUUUCCCAUCACGUCCCAUGACCCCAACGACCUCUCGGACUUCACCCUGAGGAUCCAGGUGAAGGACGACCAGGAGGCCAUUCUCACCCAGUUCUGCGUCCAGACCCCUCAGCCCCCUCCCAAGAGUGCCAUCAAGCCUUCCGGGCCUAGGAGAUUCCUCAAAAAGAACGAAAUUGGGAAGAUUAUCCUGUCUCCUCUGGCUGCGACCACCAAGUACCCAACUUUUCAGGAGCGUCCAGUGGCCAGCCUCAAGUUUGGAAAAUUGCUCAAGACGGUCGUGAGACAGAAUAAAAAUCAUUAUUUGCUGGAAUACAAGAAAGGAGAUGUCAUAGCCCUGCUUAGUGAGGAGAAGAUCAAAUUGAAAGGCCAGCUGUGGACAAAGGAAUGGUACAUUGGGUAUUACCAGGGCAAGAUUGGCCUUGUGCACACCAAGAAUGUGUUAAUUGUCGGGAAAAUUAGGCCAUGCCUUUUUUCUGGGCCCGACCUCAGUACCAGUGUGCUUCUGGAACAAAUUCUGAGGCCCUGCAAGUUUCUGACUUACAUCUAUGCCUCUGUGAGGACCCUACUGAUGGAGAAUAUCAGUAGCUGGCGGUCAUUCGCGGACGCCUUGGGCUAUGUGAAUCUACCGCUCACAUUCUUCUGCCGCGCGGAACUGGACAGUGAGCCUGAGCGGGUGGCCUCCGUCCUCGAGAAGCUGAAGGAAGACUGUAACAACGCUGAGAACAAAGACAGAAAAUCUUUUCAGAAGGAGCUAGUGAUGGCCUUGUUGAAGAUGGACUGUCAGGGCCUUGUGGUCAGGCUCAUCCAGGACUUUGUGCUCCUGACCACGGCCGUUGAGGUGGCCCAGAGAUGGAGGGAGCUGGCCGAGAAGCUCGCCAGAGUAUCCAAGCAACAGAUGGAUGCUUAUGAGUCUCCACACCGGGACAGGAAUGGGGUGGUCGACAGUGAGGCCAUGUGGAAGCCUGCGUAUGACUUCUUACUGACAUGGAGCAGUCAGAUUGGAGACAGCUACCGGGACGUCAUCCAAGAGCUUCAUCUGGGCUUGGACAAGAUGAAGAACCCCAUUACUAAGCGUUGGAAACAUCUCACGGGGACCCUGAUCCUGGUGAACUCCCUGGAUAUACUGAGGGCAGCUGCCUUCAGCCCCAUGGACCAUGAAGACUUUGCCAUCUGACACGUGGGCUUUCCAAAUCUCUCCGGCUGCUUUCUCAUUAUGAUGAAUGGCCUUCAGCCCAGGGUGGAACCGAAGAUAAGAGCAGGCCAAGUCAUUACAGACCAGAAUGCUCUGCUCCAGACCGGUACCGUGGCCAAGGACUAAGCAUCUCCAAAUUCUUCUCUUUACCAUCCAUCCCCUCCCCUUUCCUUGCUAUUUUCCCAACCCAGGAACAUCCUGAAGAGAUUUUCUAUUGUAUAUUGUUGCCAAUCAAACAGACUUUCUACUUGUAAAGUAUAAAAUGAAAAAUCGUGUUUUUAUAGAUAUUUGGAGAAAACAUACAGAAUAUCUAAUUUUUUAAUAGAAAAAAAGGAAAAAAAAAUAAAACCACUGAUGAGGUGGGGAAGAUACAGACUUUUUUCAGAUGUAUAAAGACUUUUUUUUUUAAUUAUGGUAUACGUUGUUUUCCUUUGAUCCUGUAAAUAUAUGUAUAUAUAUAUAUUUAAAAAGAGUACAGCAGCCCACUCUCUCCUUUUGACCCCUCCACCCAGUUUUGCAUUUCAGCUCUGUGAGGCUGACAGCGUGAUUAGACUGAUGGAGUGGAUUCCACCUUCUAAGGUCCUGAGAGAGGGAAGUAAUGGCAUCUGAAAAGUCUUUACCCAAAAGACUGGUUUACACUCAUUUGAGAGUGCCCCAGGCCCUGUUCUUUGGGGUUUUGUAUCAUUGGAGUUUUGUUCGUUUUGGGAUUUCUUGCAGUGCAAAUCAACCAGUGUAAAUGUGAGCGUUAGCUGGAAGAGUUGCAGCUGACUUUAUGAUCGUGCAUAGUUCUAACAAAGGUGCUGUUACUAGCCAUCAAGAUGCGACUGGGGAAAGAAAGGUCCAACUCUUACUCAGGCGAGAGGUUGUCUGACCUAACUCGGAUCUCCUGUCCUAGACUUCAUGUAGCUGGCAACUCAAAAGACAGACCCCGUUUGUGGUUUACAGUCAUGGAUUACCCAGCAGUGAGAAGCCACUGGAAUCUUUGUCCCCUAGACUAGACAGGCAAACCGGCCUUAAAAAGCUCGUCACGUGAUCCAUGGACAUGAUUGGGGGGAAACAUCCCUCCAGACUCUGGCUUGUUUCUGGAUGCAGCAUCUGGCAACCUCUUCCUCACCGCUAAUGUCAGUAUACUCGCAGGCAGACAAGUCAGUAGGACCUUUGGAUGGUAAUUCCUCAGGUGAUUUGGGAGCUCCGUUUGCCAAAGUAUUGACAUAUAACUUUGCUCCCCUGGGAAUCCCUUCGGUUCUCUUCUCUGUUCUCCCUGUGAGUCCUUGGAAGUAGUGGGUGUGAAAAGUAUUUUAGCACAAUGAGAAGAUGUAAUUUUGAGUGAGAAAUACAUAUUUUUUUUUCCAUAUAGGGAAAAUGGUACCCCACACAGUAAAAAUCAAGUCCUUUGUUGAAGCUAAAGUUUAAAACCACAACAAAGGAAUCCCUUUGUGAAUUGUGAAGCAAACUGGGGUAAGUGUGUGUGCAGCUUGGUGGCUGGUCUCUGUGUUAUGGUGACUAGUGUCUAGCUGGGUCUAGGAAGGGAGAGGAUGGCCAGGAUUGACCCGGUGGGGGCUGAGGAGUCCGUUUCACAUUCGAGGAGAGCGAUCCCCCUCAUGACAAAGGACACGGAAAGCUUUGCCCCCUGACCACCCACCCUCCCACUUAACUAACGUCUGCCUCGACGGUGUUGGUUUGUCUUUCUGCUGGGCCCCAGUGGGAAUCCAGAACAGGUGGUAUCCCAGUUGAGGAAAGUCUGCCCAAACUAGUGCCAGGAGUGGUUUUCCGCCGCCUUAGGGCGAGCAGAUGUUUCCAAACAAUGGAAUUGGCUUCCCCAAUCAGAAUGAGAGAGAUGUCUCUGAUCCUUCCUGAGCAUUCCCAGAAGAGCCUCCCUCCCACCCUUUACCCUCCCCCCCACCCCGGGGGAUCCUGGGCUUCAUCUCCAGUCUUCUCCCCAAAGAGAAACAAAUGGCCAUUUGCACCUUAAACUCACAUCUUUUCCUCAGGGGCUUCGAGUAGUUUCCUAUGCAACUCACCUUGUAGCACAACCAAAAUUCACCAAGUUGCAGAAGCUUUUCUUUGAAUGUUAUAACCUGUUGAGCGUUGUUUUUUUUUUU